GAUGGAUACGAGUGAGCACACCGUCUUUUCUCAGGCGUGUCGUUGACGAGUGCCUAGCAAACACGAGCUUCCGCGUCGCAAAAAACGAUUGGCAACGAGGACGAUAUCAAUUUCGUGCCUAUCUUUCUCAUACAUUGUAUAUUCCUAGCUACGUCGACGGAUAUUGUUGCAGUGUCACGUUCGUAUGGUUCUUCGGUGAUACGACAUUAGCGUGGGUUACGACUGUUUUGAGUGACGCGAUAUUUGUGUUCUCGUCGUGCGAGACUGCGCGGAGUGCGAGGAAAAGGUACAAAGUAGUGGGGAGAGGAAGAGAGAGAAAGAGAGGAAGAGCAAUAAGAGGAGAAACAGAUUCUUACCUCGUUGAGACAGUAGGGUAAAGGGAGAGGGAGAGAAGAGGAGGGAGGUACGUGUAUCUGCUGCGUAUAUUCAUCACGACGCCUUUACGUUUUCUUUUUCGCGAUCGAACGUGGCCCCCCCGUGAUCGCGACGUAACGUUUUUUUCAUUGCUGAUCGCAUAGUGUGAUUCGUGAUCUUCGAAAAAAAGAAACAGCAUAAGUGAGAGAGACAAGGACGUAAAUAAAAAGAGAAGACCACUUCGAGCACGACACGAGGAUAAGGAUAGAAGCAACGACAGUAGUGGCGGCGGUUUUGUUUUGACGUCGAUCGUACGGUAUUGCGCGUGAAAGAAUAUCGGCGCUGCCCUUGGCAGUAGCCUAUUUGCUCGCACGAGAGCGAGCUGCAUUUGUAACACGCCAGCCAGUCAGGCAGUCGGGCAACGAUAAGAGGGGUUCAACCACCCACUUGCGUGUGUCGUCGCGUCAUCUCUCCCUCUCUCGUUCAUUUUCCUCUACUCUUUCUUUCUCUCUCUUUUUCUUUUUCCCUUUCUCUCUCUCUCUCUCUCUCUCUUUCUCUCUCUUUCUAUCUCUCUCUCUCUCUCUCUCUUUCUCUCUCACGCGUGCGUGUAAUGUAGCUCUUCUCUCUUACUAUCCGUCUCUUUUCCGUGUACACCGCGGUAAACUCGGCGCGCAUGUGUAUGCGUUUGUCGCGUCGAUGCAACACCGAGUCUUCGUUCCGUCUCUCUUUCUCUCUGUUUCUUUCUCUUUUACAUCCUCGUACAUAGGCGCGCUCGUUCGCUCGUUCGCUCGCGCGAGAGAAAAAGAGAGAGAGAUAAAGAGAGAGGGAUGGCGCGCGAUCAAAGGCUCACGCAGUAAAUCGUGCGUUCGCGCGAUAAACAGGUGUAGAAUUCCUAUGGUAAGAAGCUACCUUGUGGUUGCGCUUUAUUAACAGAGACAACAAGAAGGAAAGUGAAAAAGUAAAAAAGAAGAAAACAGUAAGGAAGAUAAAAAGGAAGGAAGGAAAGGAAGAAAGAAAGAAAGAAAGAAAGAAAGAAAGGACGACGGCCUUUUGUAGGCGGCGCAUGAAUACCUCGUAGAGUGUCGUCGACCCGUAACCUCCUGCGUUCCAAGAUAGCAUGCUGAUUCUUUGGAAUAUUUUCAUUAAAACUUCAUGUUGUCACCUGACAGGUGGACUUUGGUGACAUCGAGGACGAUAGAACGAAGAAGAGAGAGAUACGGUCGUUGAUUCGUGGCUCGACGUAUAUAAAGACGUAUGUUGAAAGGCAUCGUACCCUAACCUCUCUCUUGCCUGAGUAAGAGGGAGGGUGGGUGCCAGAAGGCGACGGACGAAGUGUUGUCUUCUUCCGUAGUGUCGAGCAGAGUCGUGUCGAUCGUAAACUAAGUUUGCGGAAGGCGCUGGAAGGAAUGGUGGGAUUGCAAGGGGAGGGGGAGCUCUGGAUGGAACGCCCUUAGCGCGCGUUGCGAGUGCACAUGCACCGCGCUGCCGUGCGGCGUGCAUUCGCUUAUUUACCAUUGACACGUGCUUCCUACUAUACAUCGACGAUGUUUCGCGUGGACUUCUUUCCAAACAUUUGAUUGCGUUCUUUCGAAGAAGACAGGAAAGAUUAGUGUACGUGUAUAUAUGUACAUAUGGGUGACUGUAUAAAAUCAGUGUAGAACUGUACCAAGAGAAAAGUGUGUGAAGUUGUAACGAAGGAGGUGAAAGGUGGAGGGGAGGUUAUACGAAGAGAAAGAAAGAGAGAGAGAGAGAGAGAGAGAGAGAAAGCGAGAAAAGAAAUCACGCGCGACACGAGCUCAAUCGACGCGCGAUAAUAUCGACAGUGCGCGUCAUGCUCGAGAGAACGAUUUGGCAGAUCCUCCUACUUUUAAUCGUUACGUUUAGAUCGCGAAACGACGAUUCAAGAAACGACGAAAACACAAAAAGAAACAACGAGGACGACGUUUUCUUACUAGACAACUUUGUGAUCGUUGACGUAGAAGAAUCGAAGGCGGAGAGCGUUUCCACCUGACGCCUGUACUAGGGUGGGAACACUUGCUCUCUCUCUCUCUCGUUUGCUCUCGAUAAUUUCGCCUUGAUCCUUAACAGCAAAGUGCACCGCCGAGCGCAUUGCCGAGCGCACGAUGGACUUCCGCGCGAGCUACGAGUAUCGAAGCGCGCGGCACGUUCGAGCCACACGUUCGUUCGAAAGUAAAAUGUAAGGGGGAGAAAGAGAGAGAGAGAGAGAAAGAGAGAGUGAAAGAGAGAGAGAGUGUGAGGGAGAGAGAGAGAGUGUGUGAGGGAGAGAGAGAGAGAGAGAGAGUGAUAUUUACGCGCGACAGGGGAACCCGUCGCCGACUUCUUGGUUUCUCGCAAGGACGGCUUUUCCGAUCGUGAUCGAGGCAAUGUCUUCGGGCAACAGAGGUUUGGUCUCCCCCUCAGGUGGGCCAAUUGUAUGCUGCGGACAUUUGAAAAAGCUGAAAACCUUGAAGAAGAAGUAUUUUAUCUUGAGGGGCGAGGCACCGGGAUAUCCCGCUUGUUUGGAAUAUUAUGACAGCAAGAAGAAGUUCGAAAGCAAGCAGUCGCCUAAACGCAGCAUCCUGCUGCACAGCUGCUUCAAUAUCAACAAGCGCGUCGACACGAAGCACAAGCACGUCAUAGCGUUGUACACGAAGGACGAAUGCUUUUGUUUGAUUCUCGACAACGAAAAGGAACUGAAUGAGUGGUUAAAAGCAAUGCUGCUCCUCCAGAGCGGCGAUGUUCCCGACGGAGAACAGCCUCGCCCCACGUUCGAACAUGUGUGGCAAGUUACUAUGCAGAAGAAAGGACUUGGAGAACGAAAAAAUAUCAAUGGACCGUAUAGGUUAUGUCUCACAGAUCGCACUCUAAGUCUAGUAAAAAUUGGAGCCCAAGGCAACUCCGAUUCCAUUGAAUUCUCUUUAAUCUGCAUCAGGCGGUGCGGUUAUAUGGAACGCAUCUUUUAUAUGGAAGUUGGUCGAUCCGCAGUGACGGGAGGUGGUGAAUUUUGGAUGGAAGCUGAAGAUAAUAACAUUGCGCACAAUAUGCAUGCUGCAAUAUUAAAUGCAAUGAGUAAUUCCAAUACCUGUAAAGACGAGGUUGGGCCUCGUCAAAGGAUGCGUAGUUCCUCUGCAAACGAAGCUAGUAAACCCAUCUCUGUGCUUCAACGACGGCAUACAGGGCAAAAACUUCAUAGCUUCUCGCCUCUAGAGGAACAAAGGACGUGCAAGGAACAGGUGGAUCCGUUGCAGGAACAGACCACUACUGCCUCUGCCCCCGCACAGUGUAGUCAAUCUCAGAGUACUUCUUCCAAUACAUUCACGGCCGUUGCCGGUACCGGGGCUGGGACUGCUGGGAUUGCCUCGAUUAAUGUCAACUGUGCCACUGCUACUAGACGUCGUCAUUCGGUAGCAAGUCAUCCCCAUUCCGUCAAUAAUUCCCAAUCCGCUCAUGUCACAACAAGUACAACUACUACAACGACAACCAUCACCAUUACAACGACCGCCACCGCAACCACUACAACCACAACCGCAAUAAUAUCCCAUCAGAGAACCCUGUCGCUGCCCUUAGCUGCUGUUAUUAUCAAUCAAACGCAAUCAUCCAAAAGAUCUGUUUUACGCUGUACCACCGGACGUGACAGAUGCGACAGUUUGCCAUCAAGAGCUCGGACAACGAGCGAAUGUCAUCCAGGCACGGUUGUUUUGAGUCAUCCUAGAAGUUCUCAUUUCAUAUCUCACGUACCAAGACCUCACUCUAUGUAUGGACGAGGUCUAUCUUAUUCUCCGCCAGUUUCUUCGAUGCCGAUCAGUCCAGCCUCAGGAGCAUGCUCGACCGAUUCAGCUGGGUCUUCUCUUUCUAUGGAGGAUGGUGGUGAAAAUAUCUUAGAAGAAGGUACCGGUUCGAGAUACGGUCAUUCUUUGACUCCUGACGAGCCGGUUAUUUUAGAAGAGAAUGGUGACGAUUAUGCUCCGUGGUCUACGACGCAUUCGCACCAUAAAUACUCGUCAAACUUUAAAUCUCAUUCUCCAUCACAGAGUUCCUAUGUAGAAAUGUAUAGUCCUUGUGGUUCGAGUCCUGGACGUAGUGCAGCUUACAUGCCGAUGAGUCCAGCGACGACAGCUCAUUCCCAUUCUCGUGCAUCGUCUCUCGUGGAGGAGACAAAUGUUUUACCUGAUGGUUAUGUUCCAAUGGCGCGUGUUGGCGAUGAUGGUUAUGUAGAUAUGGAUCCAUCGACCAGUCAUAAUGGUCAUUUCCCAGAUGACAUGUCACAACACGGUGGUAGCAGUUGCUCCGUAACUUCCGGCACACCUAGUACAGAUUUACGUUUCUCCGAAUAUCACUUAGAUAAAGUAACCAGCUUCCUUGCACCAGGGGAAGAUCUGCAAGCUAGACCAACUAGGGCAUAUUCAGUUGGAUCUAGACCAGAACCGACUAAUAAGCAUCGUAAAAAUAGAUUAGAUAUUACUCAGCAGGAAGCAAGUAGAGUGAGAGCAUUCUCUGUAGGCAGUCGUUCAAAGAGACCCGAACUUUGCAGAUUAGCUAAUAUAGUUACGACUCCUUUGCCAUCUAGUUCGGAUAAUUCCAAUUCAAAUAAAUCAAAUUCAGCACCCUUAUUAUCCAGUUCUUGGGGUCAUAAUUCUGGUUGUUCUGGUGCCUCCGAGCGAAUGGAAGAUCUUAUGGAGUUAGACUUUACGAGACAAAGCGUUCCAGCUACUCUUUCUUCUCCCCCUUCUUCUUAUUCACAGUCACAAUCACAAUCACAAUCAUAUUCUACUGCCACCACCGAUACUAGUUCCUACGUCGAUAUGUCUCCUGGACAACCGCCUACAUCGACCACUGCCUCGUACGUCGACAUGAGCGGCUUAAAUAAGAUCAAUCGUAAUAAUAACAAUAAUUCUAUCACUGCCAAUCAGAACCAUAGUCACAUUCAUGUAUCAUCUUCGGCUUCUACACACAAACCCGUCAUCACGACCUUAAAACCGGUGGAAGAAGCAGAGGGUUUAUAUAUGAAAAUGGACGGUAAUAUGGAGGAUUGGUCACUAUCAGGCGCAAGUCCCAAACAAAUUCCAUCUCCUAUGCAGGAAGACUGCAUUCAAACGAACGGUCCACCAGGCGGUGCAAGAACAGCUCCUGUUGAUUUACCUCAGCCUAGACGACCUCCUGAAGGAUACGUAGAAAUGUCUUUUAAGGCUAGGCCAAGUUUAGAACAAGAUUAUAUUAAUAUAAGUAUGGGCAUGAUUGGACGGAACAACCGAAGAGUACGGGUCAAUAGUCGCAAGGAAAAAUCACGUUCUCAGCCAAUCGCCAUUCAAGCUGGAAGUAAACCGUCAAAAACUCCCAGUUUCUUACCUCUUAAUGGCAGCCCAACAUCGGAAAGUCUAGCGAGUACACCAGCUUCUCCUCCACGCGCUACGCCUACUGGCUCAUCGGCUACUAUUUUUCCCUUUUCUUUGAAUAGUCCUCAAUCUCCUAUAAAACCAUUUACGCAAAAACCUGAUGACUCUUCAAGGAUGGAUAUGAAUGACUCGAAGAAUAAUGAUUAUGAUACGACGAUUGAUAAUACGAUGAAAAAAGUUAACAACGUUAAUACUGUUUCGAUGGCGGAUACAAAUAAUUCACUAUCAAAAAUCAUUAACGACGAACCACCUAGUCCUAGCACAGAUCCAACACGGAUUAUAUCAAACUCGUUAUCAUCACAAGAAUGCUCGUUGAGCUCAUUAACAAAAAAAUUUGCCGAUCUUACGGUAUCGAAGCCACGAUUAGUUACUGCGUCACCUAAUACUAGUCCGACGUUAUCAAGUUUUAAAACUGCUGUGUUGCAACAAAAAUCAUCAUCGCCAAAAUUCAUUGACGAAACGCCGAUACAAACGCCCACGUCUACUCCAACUCCCACGCCUAGUCCUCUGGAUAAUGAGGGUUACGAGAAACUACAACCUGGUGCAACUGUUUUGCAUUAUGCUAGCUUGGAUCUACCAGAACUUGCUAACGUGGCACCCGUAUCGCCCGCAUCUGUUCAGGAAGGUUUCAGUUAUGCCGAGAUUGACUUUACAAAACUGAAACAAAAUUAAUGCAACUUUCAUGACCAGAAGCAUGCCGUUGUAUUUUACAAUAUUUACAUCAGAGCUCUGCGUGUUCGCGAUUCUAAUAGUAAGCAGACAGUAUCUUUGACGGUUCUACCGUCAAAUUCUAUCCUAUAUUAGUUCGAUGAAAGUAAUUGAAUUCAUGCAAGGUUCCGGGUACCAGCUGUAUAUAAUUUAUUUCUUUUAUCCCAGCCUGAGAUAUAAUUGUUUAUCAGCUUUCGUAAAGCGUCUAGGAUUUCUUUUUUUCUUUUUCUUUUUUCUUUCUCUCUCUCUCUCUCUCUCUCUUUUUUUUUUUUAUUACUCGCACUUAUAAUUCUGGUAAAGCAUUUGGACGUCGUUAUUGUAUGAGAAGAUCUUUAUUCGUAUUAUUUUUAUGAAAAAAACAAA